AUGCAAUCUGACGACUCAUUACACGUACUACCUGCGCCUAUCGGCAAAAAGCGUAUCCCGGUACGUGUCCCUGUGCCGUUCGCCGGUUUUUCGGCACACGGCAUCGGUGUUCGAAGGCUUGCAGUUCUUGCCGACAGUCUAAGGUUAGAUGUGAUGGAGAUCGGCCAUGUGGGAGAUAAGCAAUGUGUAUUUUUUGAGAUACCAAAAGAUCCAGUGUCAGAACGACUCGAGGGUGUCGAGUCUGAAGUCCAAUAUCUACGACAGCAAUUGCAUGAAAUGCAGGCAUUGUUAAUUCAAAAUCGUGCAAAUCAAAGCUCAAGUCCCCAGUACUCACGUUCUCCGCAACAAAUUCGUGAGAGGCCCGAGCAUAUUCGUCGUGGAAGUGCCUGCAACUCAUCAUGCUCUCAGUACGCUGCGGCUCACCAGGAAGAAUAUGGGGCCUUAACAAUACACCCCGGAUCUGGCGAGUACAGCAAUGACCCACAAACAUUUACCAGAUCUAUACCAAACGGUUCCCCAAAUGGGGUCUCAGCAGUUCAUUCUAUGUAUGAGCCUUCGCAUGCAGACAACCCUCGACCUACCAAGAGGAAACGAUCUUGCUUUGAGAUUCGAGAUGACUCUAUAACCGACUUUAUUGAUAAAGGGCUUAUUUCAACGGAGUGUGCAGUUUCCUGCUUCAAUACGUUCUUUGAAGGAUGUGACAGAUACAUUCCAAUAUUUGACCCAGAGUAUGACAAUUUCGACUCAGUUCGUGCUCGAAGUAGCAUCUUGCUAAAUGCAAUUUGUACAAUUGGCUGCAUGGUUGAAACAAGAUCCGGGAGCCAAAUGUCGGAUAUGCUUCACGCCGAACUCAAAAAGUGGAUCAAUGUGAUAAUACAAAACAAGAGCUUAAACUGUCUCGAGUCAGUGCAAGCAAUGCUGAUUGUAGCAUGCUACUCAUCGGAAAGAUUACUCAUUUUGUCGUUCGCUACGCGAAUGGCUCUAGAUCUGGGUCUUCAUGAAGCGUUCGAGGAAUUGACUGAAGUAUUAGCAAUUAAGAAUGAUGAAAAUAGGCCAGGAAUGCCGGGUCAUGACCUCGAGAAGGAAAGAAAUUUGAUGCAGAAGUCGAGAACAUGGUUUGGACUUUUGGUACUCGAACAUAUAUUUCGUGUUGACGGAGGGAAGCCGCCAGGUAUUCGAUUAACUGGGAACUCUAGACGAAGCCGUAUUCUCUUGAGCCAUCCCUCAACAACGGUUCUUGAUCUACGGUUAUUUUCUCAAGUUGAGCUGAAUAUUCUACGUGCCACUAUCUACGAUACUCUUGGAGCCAACACUGCCCUUGACAGCCCAGCAAUAUCAGAUUUCGUUCAUGAAAUGAAAGUGGAUUUGGAUAUUUGGUUUGAUGACUGGCUACGAAUUAUCGGAGCUUCUGUAGCUGCACAAGAAGAAAAGCCCUACCUGUUAGCAGCUCUUAGAGUUCAAAAAUGCUGGGCCGAAAUGAUGUUGAAUUGCAAGGCACUCCGAGCUAUGGGAGUGGAGAACGUUGCCGCCAUGUCUGCAUCAGAGCGCAAUAUUUUACUAACAGCCAAGGCGAGUGCACGACGACAUCUACGUCUAAUAACCGUUGAACCAGAAUUCUACCUCGCCCAGCUAAAAUAUGCCAUGGACUUUGUCUGGGCCAAAUGCGCCUUUUCAUUUCUCUUACUUCUAAAACUCUCUCGACUCCUUCCAGAACGAGAUGAAGAGCACCAAGAACUUCUUGAUCAUGGGAACCAGCUUGUCCAUGAACUCAGCAAGGCUGGCUCGAAUUCGAAUCAAUCCGGUGCGGGUAAUAUCUAUCUUCAGAUUCUUAAGGUCAGUAUUGAGAAAUAUGCUCUGGCCUUGCGGGAAUCGCAGCAGCCUAGUACUGGAGGAUCAACGGCGACCUCUCCAUUUUGGGAACUUUUUGAUGCCCAAGCGGAUUUGCAGUGGUUUGUGCCGGAGCAAUUCGUUUCCGAGUGGGAUUUUCCGGGGUUGAAUUUGUUUUAUUUCCCUACUGCUUGGCAAGAUUUCUUUGGCGAUUUUUCGCUGGCAAUGUGA